GAGAGCGGACAGAAACCGCAUCAGGGAUCACAGAGGAACGAGGGGAGAGAGGAAAACAAGAGAAGCGACAGAUACGGACAGGAGGGGACUGUAAGGGUUGCAGGAGCGAGCGCUGCGUGGCAGUGACCCCUCUCAGGGGCUCUGAGGAGGAGGAGGAGGAGGAAGAAACGGGGGCGCCAUGGCGCAAGCCGCCAAGCAGCUGCGGAAGACUAAGGACCUAGCGGAGCAAGCGGCCCAGGAGCAGCGGGAGAGGGAGGAGGAGCUGAACAGGAAGAGGAGUCGGUCAAGGGACCGCAAGCGCAAGGCUGAUGCUGCCACCAGUUUUCUCCGUGCGGCUCGUUCUGGGAACCUGGACAAGGCCAUGGACCACAUCAAGAAUGGGAUUGACAUUAACACAGCCAAUCAGAAUGGCCUCAAUGGCCUCCACUUGGCCUCUAAAGAAGGCCAUGUCAAGAUGGUAUUGGAGCUACUGCACAAUAAUAUUGAUCUGGAGGCCACAACUAAGAAAGGGAACACAGCUUUGCACAUUGCUGCUCUGGCGGGACAGGAGAGGGUGGUAGCAGAGCUGGUUAACUACGGAGCCAACGUCAAUGCCCAGUCACAGAAAGGCUUCAGUCCACUCUAUAUGGCUGCACAGGAAAAUCACUUGGAGGUGGUGAAGUUCCUGCUGGAAAAUGGAGCCAAUCAGAGUCUGCCCACAGAGGAUGGCUUCACUCCCCUGGCGGUGGCGCUGCAGCAGGGCCAUGAGAAUGUGGUGGCCCUGCUCAUCAACUAUGGGACCAAGGGCAAGGUGCGGCUCCCAGCCCUUCACAUUGCGGCGCGUAAUGAUGACACGCGCACUGCUGCUGUGCUGCUGCAGAAUGACCCAAACCCUGACGUGCUGAGCAAGACAGGCUUCACUCCGCUCCACAUUGCAGCUCAUUAUGAGAAUCUGAGUGUGGCUCAGCUGCUGUUGAACAGGGGAGCCAAUGUAAACUUCACACCUAAAAACGGCAUCACUCCUCUGCAUAUUGCCGCCAGGAGAGGAAACGUGAUAAUGGUCCGUCUGCUUCUGGACAGGGGGGCCCAAAUAGACGCCAGGACUAAGGAUGAACUGACUCCACUACACUGUGCAGCCAGGAAUGGGCAUGUUCGGGUCAUUGAGUUUCUACUGGACCAGGGAGCACCGAUUCAAGCAAAGACCAAGAAUGGCCUGUCCCCCAUCCACAUGGCUGCACAGGGAGACCACAUGGACUGUGUGCGGCAACUGCUUCAGUAUAAUGCUGAGAUUGAUGACAUCACGCUGGACCACCUGACCCCACUCCACGUGGCUGCACACUGUGGUCACCACCGCAUGGCCAAGGUCCUGCUGGACAAGGGGGCCAAGGCCAAUGCCCGCGCACUGAAAGUGGAGACGCCCUUGCACAUGGCUGCACGGGCGGGACAUUGUGAGGUGGCCCAGUUUCUGCUGCAGAACAUGGCACAGGUGGAUGCGAAGGCCAAGAAAGGCUUCACUCCCCUUCAUGUGGCAUGUAAAUAUGGCAAACUGGAUGUGGCAGAGCUUCUGCUGGAGAGAGGCGCCAAUCCCAACACUUCUGGCAAGAAUGGGCUGACCCCGUUACACGUGGCUGUGCAUCACAACAACCUGGAUGUGGUCAAGCUGCUGGUCAGCAAAGGCAGCUCUCCAUACAACACUGCAAGAAAUGGCUACACACCCCUGCACAUCGCUGCCAAGCAGAACCAACUGGAGGUGGCCAGCACACUGCUGCAGCACGGCGCGCCGCCCAACGCCGAGUCCCUGCAGGGCAUCACACCCCUGCACCUGGCUGCACAAGAGGGCCGCUUUGACGUGGUGUCCCUGCUCAUCUCCAAGCAGGCCAACGUCAACCUGGGAAACAAGAAUGGACUGACCCCUUUGCACCUAGUGGCCCAGGAAGGUCACAUAGGUAUAGCAGACAUGCUGGUCAAGCAGGGUGCCUCUGUGUUCACAGCAUCACGGAUGGGAUACACCCCCCUACAUGUGGCUUGUCACUACGGCAACAUCAAGAUGGUGAAAUUUCUCCUACAGCAACAGGCUAAUGUGAACAGCAAGACUCGGGCGGGCUACACACCUCUCCACCAGGCUGCUCAGCAGGGACACACAGACAUCGUCACCCUGCUCCUGAAGCAUGGAGCAAUGCCCGAUGAAACCACCGCUAAUGGUAGCACCGCCUUGGGAAUCGCCAGGCGCUUGGGCUACAUCUCCGUCAUUGACGUUCUGAAGCUAGUCACCGAGGAGACUGUCGCCGUGGUGACCAGUCACAAGUAUAGGCCCUCGUUCACAGAGUCCAUCAGUGUCUGUCUGUGUUUGCUCUGCACAGGCGAUGAACUUCCUUGUCUGGAAGGAGCUCGGUGUUUGAAGCUGGAUGACCUCAAAGACCAGGACGAAGACUUCCUCUCACCAAAAAAGUCCCUCAGGGACUUCGAGAGUGGGCAGGGGACAACGCCAUACUCUCCAGCUAUACCCAGGAUUCCCUGCGUGUCCCCAGAGACUGUCAUGCUGGAUCAGCACAUCCCUGCUCCUCUGCCCAAGGAGUAUGAUGACGACUCCCUGAUCCCCAGCAGCCCGGCCACAGAGACCUCCGACAACGUCAGCCCCGUGGCCAGCCCAGUUCACACCGGGUUCCUCGUCAGCUUCAUGGUGGACGCCCGCGGGGGGUCCAUGCGCGGCAGCCGCCAUAAUGGGCUGCGUGUGAUCAUCCCACCGCGCACAUGCGCAGCCCCCACGCGCAUCACCUGCCGCCUGGUCAAGCCCCAGAAGUUGAAAACACCGCCCCCGCUGGUGGAAGGGGAAGGGCUGGCUAGCCGCAUUAUCUCCCUGGGCCCGUCCAGCAUGCAGUUUCUGGGGCCUGUGAUCGUGGAGAUCCCUCACUUCGCGGCUUUGGGUCGGGGCGACCGGGAGCUCGUCAUCCUGCGCAGCGAGAACGGUUCCGUCUGGAAGGAGCACCGCAAUCGCUAUGGAGACGAUGUGCUGGAAACCAUCCUGAAUGGCAUGGAUGAAGACCUGGAGAGCCAAGAGGAACUGGAGAAGAAGCGAAUCCGUCGGAUCAUCUCCACCGACUUCCCUCUUUACUUUGCUGUGGUGUCACGUGUACAGCAGGAGAGUGACCUCAUUGGACCAGAGGGAGGUCAGCUGACAAGCAAGCUGAUGCCAAUGGUCCAGGCCACGUUCCCAGAUUCUGCUGUUACCAAGAAAGUCCGUCUGGGGCUGCAGGCUCAGCCAGUCCCAGAUGAGCUGGUCACCAAACUGCUGGGCAACCAAGCGACCUUCAGCCCUGUCGUGACAGUGGAGCCACGCAGACGUAAAUUUCACCGUCCCAUCGCCCUUCGCAUCCCACUGCCCCCCUCCUGGCGGGAGAGUCCACGUGACAUGGGGGAGGGGGACACCAACAGCCUGCGUCUGCUCUGCAGUGUCAUUGGUGGUACGUCCUCAGCGCAGUGGGAGGACAUCACCGGCACCACCAAGCUGAUGUGCUGCGGUAACUGUGCCAACUUCACCACCAACGUCUCUGCACGGUUCUGGCUGGCAGACUGCCCCCGCACCGCAGAGGUCGUGUCCUUUGGCAACCUGCUGUACCGUGAGCUGACGGCGGUUCCCUACAUGGCUAAAUUUGUGGUGUUCGCCAAGAUGAAUGAGGCGCGGGAGGGUCGUUUGCGAUGCUACUGUCUGACAGACGACAAGAUGGACAAAACCCUGGAGCAGCACGAGAACUUCACCGAGGUGGCCCGCAGUCGUGACGUCGAGGUGAUGGAGGGUAUGCCACUGCACCUGGAGUGCACUGGGAACCUGAUGCCCAUGAGGAAGGCAACUCAGCAGCCCCGAAGCUUCUGCUUCCAAGCCUUCAAAGACAACCGGCUUCCUGUUUCUGUUAAGGUGAGAGACAACACUAAAGAGCCUUCUGGAUUCCUGACAUUUCUGCGCAAGUCCACCAAGUAUGAGGACAGCCAGCACGUCCUGUGCAACCUCAAUAUCACCAUGCCACCCUGUGUCAAGGUUGCAGGUGGAGAGGAACGUAGACGGACGCUAACUCCACUGGCUUUGAGGGAGCGAUAUAGCGCCCUGAAUGAGUCGGCCCUCGCCUCAAUGAAGGCUAUGGAGAGGGCAGAGCUAAAGAUGACCCUUAUUUCUGAGCAGCUCGGCCUGAGCUGGGCAGAACUGGCACGGGAGCUGCAGUUCAGUGUGGACGAUAUCAAUCGGAUCCGGGUGGAGAAUCCUAAUUCAUUACUGGAUCAAAGCUCCACCUUACUCAACCUGUGGGCUGCUCGUGAAGGGAAGAGGGCCAAGAUGGAAAGCCUGUAUAUGUCUCUGAGGCGCAUCGACAGGGCCGACAUUGUCAACUCGCUGGAGGAUCAGCUUCUGCAGGCUGGGGUGGUUCUGGAGGAGGGGGCAUGUCGGAAUACUGACCGUGACUCCCUCCUGUCCCCCCGAGUGACUAAUGGUUAUGGGCUGGUCCAGGAGGAGCUCCUGUCUCCGGCCUCCAUGCAGUACAGCUUGCCCUCCCCCCUGGGCGUCGAGCCCGACUGGCAGGAAGUCUCCAGCUUAGAGCGCGCCCCCAUGGCCACCACGGAGGAGGACACACUGGCUGAGCUGUCAGAUGCGCAGGCAUGGCCCUCAGGCGUAGGGGCGGGGGCGGGGCUUCCAGCCGUGGACGACUCCUCGCUGGAGUGCAGCAAUGCGGACGAGUCAGAAGGCGUGCUCAGCCUGCCCUGCAGCAGCCUGGGCCGGCCAGGCAGCGGGGCCAGCGGCCUCAGCAGCUCACUCAUGGAGCUCGAGGAGGAAGAGGAGGAGGAAGAGGCCGAGCUGCGGGGAAAGAUGCCAGAGGUCAACUUCAAUGGGCUGGUUGGAGGUCAGAGGUCAGAGGUCAGGAAGGUGAAGGUGGGGACGGCAGCAAGCAGCAGCGUGUCAGGCGGAGGUGGAAGAGGAGAGCAGGGCACAGAUGGAGAGCCAGGUUCAGAAGACGGGGUAUGUCUCGUUUCAGGACAACAGCAGGGCUUCGCCCAGCUGGGGGAGGCAUCCGGGCUGAGCUACGGAGCACAGAGGGUGGGAGACAGGCUGACCAGCCCUGCCUUUCAGCCAUACAUGCCGGAGUACUCUGUCCCGGAUUCCGCUCAGGACCGGCAAGGGACCGAAUCUGCAACAGCACCGGCGUGUGAGCAGGGCCAGUCUCGUGUUUUUCAGGAGGCCCUUCUGACCCCCGUGCUGGACACGGGGCACUCGGAGGUGCUGCGGAGGCAUGUUCUGGGGGGAGAGAAGCACAAGAAAGGCCAGGGCAGUGAGGUGGAUGCCCAUGGAAAUGAUGAACGCAAUAAUGAGCAAGAUAUCAUUCCCAAGAAGAGCACCCGUCGGCCUACGCGGAAGGGCAGAGCUCCUUCCGAAGAGCCAGGACACGCUGACACCCGAGGGAUGGAGGGGGCUGCAGAGCAACAGGGACGCAUGGGCAGCAAGCCGGAGGAUGACGUGAAGAAGCGCAGCAGUCAAAGGAAGGUGAAAAAAUGAAGUGGGCUGUUCCACCCGCACAGGACCAGAUGUCUGAUGCCAAACUUCAACACAGACCACUGUGAACGUUGGACGAGGCAGAAAGGACAUCAAGGCAAAAGGAAUGAGGAUGGAUUGGGGAAAAAAUAACUUCUAAACAGCACUGGAAUCACAGAGACGGCCAUCAGCGAGACACAAACCCGCACAUGGUCGUCUGCUUGUAGUUUUGUUACCAUUUUUAAUAAGAAAUGGCUUUAGCUUAGAGGCAUGACUUUUAUAUAUAAAAACAAAACAGAAAAACAUACUGAAACCAAGACAAAGUGCUUCCUGUUACACAUAUAAGCAUGACUGCGUCCGUGCAUGAACUCUCCUUGGGCGGGGGUGUGAAGCCACGGUUUACGAGGCAGCCAGUGUCUCGCGUGUCACGUUCCCUGGUGCUCGCGAGUUUAAUAUUGGCCCCCCCGCCGCGGUGGCCCCCGAGCCCAAGCUGCUCUUAUGUGUGGUAUAUGCACAGUGAUGAUUCCCCGUCAAGCUGUGUGCAUGUGUGUCUGUGUGCUUUUGCAAAGUCCUCUUUGGCAUGCGCUGAGGUGUGUGUGUGUGUGUGUGUGUGUGUGUGUGGCCUGGGAGAGGCGCAGACCACGCUGAUGGUGCAGCUUCCUCCUGCUCCACCAGCAGCAGCAUCUUCCUCUCACAGUUGCAUCCUCUCCAUCGGUACCCAGGAGUGUCAGUAGCAGCUUUGCUGGCAUGGAGCCUCACUGACACGUGUUAAGGUGUAGCGUUCAGCGUCUGCUUGAACAAAGGCUCUCUCCUGGCGUGUUCUCUGGGUAUUGCUGUGCCAGAGGGUUCUUUCCUUGACAUCAUCUUCUUUCCACUCAGGAGCACAGAAAAUGCAGAGUUUGUCACUGUGAUCAUCAGUGUGAAACUGACCCCAGGACUGUGAAGCCUGACACUUUCCUGCUUCACCAGCUUCAUUCCCACCACCUUCUACAUAGACACACACACGCAGACACAAAUUCACAAACACACACAGUCCUGUGGGUUGUGGGAAACCCAUGUUAGCAAUAAUACUGGAAGAACUGAAUUGUAGUGUGGAUUGAUUUGUGUGUUUGAGUGCAUAUGUCUGUGACUGUGUGUGUGUGUGUGUGUGUGAGUCUGUGUCUGCAUCUUCGUGUCUGUAUGUACUAUGUGUGUCUGUGUAUGUUUUGAAUGUGUAUGUGUUAAAUGUUUCUGUAUGUGUUGAGUGU